GAGGUUGUGCAUUUGAUUAACUUGUUAGGGAGGCGAGCUGUUGCGCCUGCAGAAGAAGAGGUUACAUAGAGCUCAAGCAGAAUCUCUCCAUCGCACAACUCGCUCUCUCUUGGCCCAUCCAUCUAGAUCCAUCCAUGGCGGCGAUAGGCGGCCACCCUUACUCGCCAAGUGACCUGGAGCUCCCCGGUUUCGUGCCGCAGCAGCUUUCACCCAUCGAACUCGUGGUGCCCCUCAUAGGCACUUCUCUCUUGGUCAUCACGGUGAUCUGGCUUGUCUCCGGCCAUGUCCUCAAUAGUGGAAGACCCAGCAGACUAUCAAAGGCGGACCGUUUGCUCAUGUGCUGGUGGGCAAUCACUGGGUUGACCCACCUAAUCAUCGAAGCACCCUUGCUCUUCACCCCAAAUUACCUUACCAAGGAAAAUCCCAGUUUUUUUGAUGAAAUAUGGAAAGAGUACAGCAAAGCUGACUCCAGAUAUGCCACCGGGGACACCACAACCACCGCGAUCGAAGUCAUUGCGGUUUUUCUACAAGGCCCUUUAUCACUUUUUGCUGUUUACGCUAUUGCUUCCAGAAAGUCCUACAACUACAUUCUACAGUUCGGUGUAUCUAUGAGCCACCUCUACUCAAUGUUGAUUUUCUACAUUACCGCCUACUUAGACGGCAUGAACUUCUGUGCCAGUCCAUUCUACUUCUGGACAUAUUUUGUUGGUGCAAACUCCCCAUGGGUUGUGAUUCCAACGUUGAUAGCAAUAAGGAGCUGGAAGUUGAUAAGCCAAGCAUCUCAGUCUUGCAAGGUGAAUCAAGACUAAGUAAACCAACUCUUUGCCCUCGGCACCAUAAUUAUUUGGGCAGUAUGACACCUGCGCGGAUGGGAACCACAAUUUUACUAUUUCUACACUGGUUGCGGUGAUGUGUGUUCCAUGAUACAAUGAUUCCUAUGUUUCAAACACAAUUGCAAUCGAAAUAAAUAUUUUUACCUUUUUAAA